AUGACAAAUCUCGAUGUUAGUAACAGUAGCACUGAUAGCAGUUCUGGGUCUACAUCAGAUUCCAGUAGUAGUGGCAGUUCUUCCACAAGUUCAGGGUCUGGUUCUAGCAGUUCAGACUCUGAAUCCUCAACUUCCGAACCUCCAGUAACUGCAGUAGCAACGCCUGCACCUAAAUCUCCCUCAAAACCUGAGGAAGUCAAAAAGAAAGAUGAGCCAAAACCUAGAAGACCAUCAAAAGUCAAAGUUUCAUCAUCCAGUGAUGAUGAAGCUCCUAAAGCUGCCAGUCCAAAGUCAAUGGCACCUAGAAGACGUUGUUCUGCUAAACCUAAAUCUGCUGCUGCGGUACUUGCUAGAGGAAGAACUGCAAAUAAGGUAUCUGCAGGUGCAAAAACUCCUAAACCAGUACUGAAAACUAUUUCAAAACUGAGUCCUAAAACAGAUACGGGAACUUUAAAGAAGAAGAGUAUAUUCUCCCCAGAUAAUAGCUCUGAAUCUGAAUCAGAGAGUAAGUCUUCAAGUGCCAAUAGUGCCAAUAACAAGAGUCCAAAGACAUCACCUAGACCUAAAAGAGGAUCUAGAAAAUCUAGUGAUGAAAAAGACAUUUCCCCUAUAACUGCCGAUAAUGAUGAAGAUUCGAAAGAUUCCAAGUUUUCUAAAGAUUCAAAGGACUCCAAAGAUUCAAAGGACUCCAAAGACUCAAAGGACUCCAAAGGCUCAAAAGACUCAAAAGAUUCAAAAGACUCAAAAGAUUCAAAAGACUCAAAAGGCUCAAAAGAUUCAAAAGACUCAAAAGAUUCAAAGGACUCAAAAGACUCAAAGGACUCAAAAGAUUCAAAGGACUCAAAAGACAAUGCUAAGCGUAAGAAUGGAAACAGGCCUAAUGGACCUCCGCCAAAGAAAACUAUAGAAGAAAAGAGUGCAUCAUCAUGUUCUUCCAGCCAGUCUUCUAUUGAGUCUCUCUCCUCAGACAGUGAUAGUGAGCCCACUCCUAAAAAGGAAUCUGUGAAAAGUGGGAAAUCAAAAUCAUCUGCUUCUGAAUCUCUUACUCCAAAGCAGGAGAAUUCUGCAACUAAAAGUGGUGACUCCUGUGACUCAGCAGUGGCGACCAUGCCCAGGAAAUUAACCAGGUCACUCUCAGCCAGAGUGUCUAGGUUAGCAACUGUUUCCCGACCCACAAAUACUGACACUGAUUCAGAAGUUGAUGAGAAAAACAAUGACAAUAAGAAUAGCAUCAAAGACUCGAAGAAGAAUAUUAAGGGGCGCGCGCCCCCCUCCUGGUCACCCGUGGCCGCGCCCACGCUAUCAGAGCCCGCGCAGCGCAGGUGCCCUGUGAGAGGCUGCGACUCUUCGGGACAUCUGGGUGGCACGUCGUCCCGGCACGUGACGUGGGACGCGUGCCCGCUGUACCACAACGUGACGGCGCUGUCGUGCGUGGCGGCCAGCGAGGAGCGCGCCGCCGCCAGCGAGGCGCGCCGCAAGGCUCUGCGUCUGCUGCAGGCGCGCCCGCGCCACCAGCCCACCAUCGAGCAGCGCGCCUACCAGCUCAAAGUGAAGGAUAUGCGAUCGAAAUGGAAAGGCAGCCAAGAACUACGAGAGAAACUGGCAGCUUCAGGCAACGAAGAAAUAAACGAAGAUAGAGAACCAAUUCUAGAAGGAUUCGCGCCAGAUUAUGAUCUGAAAUUGUUCCGGGAAGCGCAAGCAUUAGCUGCUAUUAAAAUAGAAGAAGAGUUAUCUGAUAUACCUACUGAUAGGGGUACAAGAUACGUGGUGAUGGGUAAAUACAUGAUGGAGGUGUGGUACCAGUCGCCGUACCCGGGCGACGCGGCGCGCGUGCCGCGGCUGUUCGUGUGCGAGUUCUGCCUCAACCACCACAAGUCCGCCACCGGCGCGCAGCGGCACAAGGCCAAGUGCGUCUGGAGGCACCCGCCCGGGGACGAGGUAUACAGGAAAGACAAUCUUUCUGUGUGGCAAGUGGAUGGACGGAAGCACAAACAGUAUUGCCAGCAGCUCUGUCUCUUAGCCAAGUUCUUCUUAGACCACAAAACGUUGUACUACGAUGUGGAGCCGUUCCUCUUCUACGUUAUGACGAGUGCUGAUCAUGAGGGAUGCCACGUUGUCGGAUACUUCAGCAAGGAAAAGAACUCAUUCUUGAAUUACAACGUAUCCUGCAUACUCACUCUGCCGCCGUACCAGAGAAAAGGCUUCGGAAGAUUGUUGAUUGAUUUCAGUUAUCUUCUGACUAAGGAAGAAGGCAAAGUUGGCUCUCCAGAGACUCCAUUAUCAGAUCUAGGUCUAAUAUCAUAUCGGUCGUACUGGAAGGAGGCGUUACUCAAGAGGUUAUGUUCAGCCCCCGGCCCGACCUUGUGUAUAAGAGACCUGAGCAAAGACUUGGCGAUAGCGUCUUCGGACAUCGUGUCGACGCUCCAGGAGAGAGGGCUAAUGAAGUACUGGAAAGGAAAGCAUAUAGUGCUGAAGAAGCAGGACGUUCUGGAAGAGGCAUCACGUCGCGCGGCCCGAGCCCGCUGCGUGGACCCGGCGUGCCUGCGCUGGUGGGGCGGCGGGUCGCUGGCGCCGACGCGCUGA